AUGCCUCUGCUGUAUGACACACCUCCCUCCAGUGGAUCUUCGGCUAGUGGAUCACCGUCUGAUGAUUCGACCGAGGAUUUCACGAUACCCGAACUGCAGAUGAUCAACAUUAACGUGCCGGAAGCGCACGCAUCAAGGCAUCUGAACAUCGAGCUUGUCGAACAGCCACCGCCAGUCGUGCACAUUGGGAAGGCAUUCACCGUGAACCUCCGCGUUACUGACCCCGCAGAUGCGGAUCUGCCGCUGAUCGAGCAGUAUGAACAGCUGUAUCUGGACGAAGUGGUCGUUCGAAUCGUGGCUUGUGACGAGCAAGGAAACACAGAUAUCCUCCAAUGGACGAGCGGGUUCCUCAUCGCGAAUUCAGAAGGUGGGAAUUGCUAUUUCGGUGACGUGGCGAUCCAACAGCUGACUCCUGGUCAAGAAUGCUGCCUUAUGGUGGAGGUGCGAGCGAGGGGCUACUUACGGGCGGCAGUCGGCUCGAUGUCGUUCCUACUUGCUGCGGGGGAGCUCGACGGACCUGUCGAUGGAGAAGCAGUCGAGGGUACUCUCCUGUCAAGGAGGUAUACCGUCAUAGACUUGAUAAAGUAUACUGUGAUAAAGGAAGGAAUCGCAAUAGGCAGCGUGGAUUUUCUUUUUCACAGACUCCUGGAUUAUUCAUCCUGUCUUAACUCAGAUCACUGA